CUCCUUCGACGGGCGAGAUGCUACUACACCCAGAAUCAUUACAAGGAAAAGCGUGGCAGAUUUUGACGAGUACAUGGCCAAAGCCAAGGUGGCCCCCGACGACCUGCGACACGUUCGUAGAGAGCGCGACCAAGUCCAGAAGGACUGGGACAGAUCCAAGUAUCGUCGUCGGAAUGGCUGGGACGACGACUUUUAUUAUUCGUCGCACCAACGAAGACCCAAGGCACGGCACAGGAGCAAGGCACACAAGCAUGCAGGGGACCCCUAUGAACAAGCCCCGCCAAGGCCGCCCUAUGUCCCGCCACUAACUCAUUACCAAGUGCUGCGAGUGCCCAGCACCGCGACCCAUGCGGAGAUCAAAAAGUCGUACCGGAAGCUGGCCCUUCUGUACCAUCCAGGUGCUUGGGUUUCUUAUCGCGUGUUCUAA